AUGCCGCUGGAGCAUUCACCGAAAAAACCGACGAACGAUGCCGCCAACGACGUAGUGAAUUUCCGACUACAGCAAAACGCUUCCAACGAUCACCAAACGGGAAUUGCCGCCGAUACCGCGACGAUGACAACCAUCAAGUCGUUGUCACGCCAACGACAUCACGUGCUGAACAAAGUGUUCCGCAUCAAGGAAUCAUUGGAUCGCCAGCUCGGAUUGUCGGACCUCGAAGUGUUGUUUUGCAAUUUGCAGUCGGCAUACGCGGAGUUUGCUGGUUUCCACAGCCAGAUUGUUGCCGUCAUCCCGGACGAAGCGAUGGAACAGGAGGAAGAAACUUAUGUACGAUUCGAAGCCCUGUACAAUUUCACAUUCGCUGGAGUUAAGAAACGCAUCAUGAAUCAACAUGCCCAACCAGCUCCACAAGUGGUCAUCCAUCAGCAGCCAUUGAAAGCGCCCAUUCCAACGUUCGACGGCGACUACGCAAACUGGCCAAAAUUCAAGGCAGUGUUUCAAGACGUCAUUGCGCUUUCACGUGAUUCCGAUGCGAUUAAGUUGUACCACCUCGAUAAGGCGCUGGUGGGAGCAGCUGCAGGAGUACUCGACACGAAGACGCUGAACGAAGGUAAUUAUGCACAAGCUUGGCGUAUUCUAUCCGACAGGUACGAGAACCAACGAAUGAUAGUCGAGACACACAUCCGUGGUCUCUUAUCCCUGAAGAAGAUGACGUCCCAAUCCAGCAAGGAGCUUCAACGCUUGGUCGACGACUGUACAAAGCAUGUCGAGAGCUUGGAAUACCAAAAACAGCCACUCUUGGGAGUGUCCGAGCUUGUGGUGGUGUACCUACUCACAUCCGCCCUAGACGAUUCGACGAGGUUGCAAUGGGAGCAAUCUAUGGCAUCGAGCACCGAUCUUCCGAAAUACGAUGAAACGGUAAAUUUCCUGCAAUCCCAGUGCAAGGUGCUGGAAAGAUGGGAAGCCGCCCGUUCAACGACGACAAUUGAGACGAACUUCGAACCGAAACAAUCAUCGACAGAAUCAAAACUUCCUAGCCAGCAAGUGUUCGCAACUACAACAGAGAGCCAGGAACCGAAGGACAAGUGCGACUUUUGCCGCGGAUUUCACUUGAACUACCAAUGCAACAAGUUAAACGCACUGUCUGCCAAUGACCGAAUGGAGAAAGUGAAAGCAGCGGGCAUUUGCUUCAAUUGCCUGCGAAAGGGGCACCAGGUGAAGAAUUGUCCGUCACCGAAAUCCUGCCGAAAGUGCCAAUCUCGGCACCAUACUCAAUUGCAUGACGAUGAUGCAAAUGUGACACCGGCGUCCACGUCUACUGCAGCUUCAACCAUCCCUGAUGACAACCUGGAGCAGGCCCACGAGUCUGUUUCAUCUACAUCGAACCCAAUCCCGACGAGCGAGCAACCUGUGCCCACCAGUUGCUCGUGUCAAAACCCAGUAAUCGAAAACCGUUUUGUUGCUCACUGCGGUUAUUUUGGUGAGCGAUGA